UGUUUCGUGCGAGGUACUUGUCGUUCCUUGUCACAGUGUCAUCGUUAUGUUUUGGUUCCGUGGAAUAAUGAAAAUGAAAAUCAUGAAUUUAGAAUUUUGUAGGUGAAAAAGUCAAAUCAUCAACGUACAGCUUCUUCCCAAAAUAUAACAGACACAAAGAGCUAUCUACGUUUCCCGGAACAGUAGGAGAAUAGUUAAAUUAUUGAAAAAUGGAAUGUGUUGAUUCUGAAAACAAUCCAGAAAACAAGAUUCUGAAUAAUGUUGAGGAGAAAAAUAGUACCAAAGAAGAGAGUGAUAAGUUAACCGAACCUUCCGAGUGUAAAAUAGCCAAAACUGAAAUUGAAGAGGCCUCUAAAGGUACAGAAAAGGGAGAGGCUUCCCCAAUAGAACUCACUGAAGAGAACAAAGGAGAGUCAAUUGAAGUCAAAGUAAUUUAUAAUAAGAAAAAGUAUGAUGUUACUACUACAACAGAAACUAAAAUUUCAGAGUUCAAAAAACAGUUACAGGGUAUAGUAGGAGUGCCAGAUUCGAUGCAGAAACUAAUGUUCAAAGGACUACUCCAAGAUGAUCAGACUAUUUCAACUUCUGGCAUCACCAAAGGCUGUAAAAUUAUGUUAGUAGGCUCAACUUUAACUGAUGUAUUAGCUGUAUCUUCUGUUAGUAAACAGGAUGUAGUGGAGUCAGAGAAAGCUACAACUUCAAAAGAGCCUCUUUGUAAACAAAAGAUUCAUCGUAAAGUAUUAGACAAAGGGCUACCUGAAGAUGUCAUGCCUGGAAUAAAAAAUCUUAAGGAAGCACUACCCCCAGUUCCUCUAUCAGGCAUGUUAAAUAAACAUGGGGGUAAGGUCCGGUUGACCUUCAAACUCGAAGUGGAUCAGUUGUGGUUGAGUACAAAAGAACGUACUGAAAAACUGCCCAUGGGAUCAAUCAAAAAUGUUAUUUCUGAGCCUAUAGAAGACCAUGAUGAAUAUCACAUAAUUGGGCUGCAAUUAGGUCCUACAGAAGCUUCUCGCUACUGGAUCUACUGGGUACCAGCACAGUAUGUGGAUGCAAUCAAAGAUGCAGUGCUAGGAAAAUGGCAGUACUUUUGACUUUGUAGAAUGAUUUUUAAAAGACUAAAAAACACGGAACCGUGUUACACUCUGAGAUUAUGUCUGUACAAAGUUGCUCAUUGAAAACUCUAUAAAUAUUGCUCUUACUGUAAUGAUGCUAUACAUAAAAAUGAGACCAACGGUUUUAGUUUUUAAAGUACAACGUGUAUAGCAAAUCCAUUUUGUAUAGUCAUGAACAAAACAUCGCGAAAAUGCGCCGUUUGGUAAAUAAAAUAUGGCCCAUUUUAUGUCCAAUUGAAAUAUAUAUCAGUUCUGUUAAUUUUUUUACAUUCAAUUUGAAAAAAUAUAUAGUUGCAACUUUAUAAUGCAACGGAGCCUUAAUUUCCUAUAGACUUUUUUGUCACUUGAAACAGUAUCAUAGCCAAUUAAGUUGACUAAGAAUGUUUCUUUUUCGAAUGUGGGGUGAGACCUCUGCAUUUUUUACACAAGUCGUGACGAAAAAUGAAACAUCAUACACAGGACCGCAUUUUAAGUGAGGUUUUCUAUGUAACAUGUUUUCCUCGAGGGCUUCAUUAAAAAGUUUUAAAAUGAAAAACAAUUUUUUUAAUAUCGUCAAAACGGUCAACUUGAAUGAGCCGAAGUUUGGUAUGUGGAUUUACCUAAGUAUUGUCCACAUUCAAAAGUCUUUACUUAAAAUUAACGUGCCCAGUGGCGGAGAUACAGGCGAUUAGCUAGCACUAGCGCACGUUAAUUUUAAGUAAAGUCUUUUCAAUGUGGACAAUACAAACCAAAUUUUAGUUCCAGUUGACGGUUUUGAAGAUAUUAAAAAAAUGUUUUUUAUUUUUAAAAUUCAACACCCCCGUGUCUUUUUAAUGAAGCCCUCGAGGAAAAAAUGUUACAUAGAAGACCAACCUUAAAAUGCGGUCCUGUGUAUGAUGUUUCAUUUUUGGUCACGACGAUUGAAUCACCCUGUAUAACUUAAGCAACUGUUUGAUACCAUGGAUCCAGGCUCAGAUGACCAAAUCUACUAUCACUAAAAUUGCUAUAUGCAGAUUUCAAUAAAAUACUAGAAUCAUUCUGAAAUAUGAUUGAGACGUGAUAUGUUGUAAUAUCAAAUUCUAUAGAUAAAAUCUUCAAAGUGAUAGUUGUAAUUUGGUGUAAUUGUUUUGCUCAAACUUGGCAGUAGAGCAAUAUGUAUAAAUAUAUCUUUGAGCUUGUUGUGUUCUAAGAAGAUAUGUGUCGGAGUGUAAUUUUUUGAGGGUUGAUUUGAUUUUGAUACGAAUUUUUAUAAGACAUUUCGAUGGUUUUAUAGCUAUUGAUUUUAAUUCUGACAGUGUCCUACAAGUAUUCUGUGAUAACAACACACAGAUUAGGGUUUUCACUUAGGAACCCAUAAUAUACUCCGACAGUUCUGUAAAUUUUCUUCUGAAAGCCAUUUUUAUUCUGUAUAUGAUUUUUUUUGUACAGCGAUAAAGCAACAUUUGCA